CAGUCUUCUCCGACGCGACCACGCGAGGACGCAGCAGCCAGCCAGGCGCUCCCCUGCGUCCUCGCGCGCGUCGAUCAGCUAUAGCCGGCCGAGAAAACCCAAGGCCGUCCACGCCACUCCUCUCGGGCGCGCCGGCGAGGUGGCCGGCGCGCGACAUUGAAGCCAACCCCCCGUCGUCGUCGAUCGAUCGAGCUCCAGCUAGCGGCUAGCGCAUCGAGCUGGACAGCAACCUCCACGUACAUGAGCUCUUCUUCCUGGAUGACAUGAGCUUGUGAUCGAUCGAUGGUGCGGCGGUCCCUGCUGCGCGGCCACAGCCUCGACAGGUUUCUACCGAGGCGCCUGAUCACCAUGUCCUCCAGCCCUUCCUUCUCUUCCUCGUCGUCGCCGUCCCCGUCGUUGUCGUCGUCCUCGCGUGGAAGCAACAGCGGCAGGUGGUGCGGCAGCGUGGCGGACGAGGACGACGACGCGGCCCCGCCUCUGCCGCCGCUGCAGAAGCGGGUGCUGUCGAGGAGCCACGGCUCCAGGGCCAAACCGGGUGGCUCCCUCGACCUGCCCCCGCCGGUGCCAUCGAAGACCGUCCGUGACAGUGGGCCGCCUUCAGAUAUGGAACUGAUGAAGGAGAAGUUCGCCAAGCUGCUGCUCGGGGAGGACAUGUCCGGCACCGGCAAAGGGGUCUCCUCCGCUCUCGCUCUCUCCAACGCCAUCACCAAUCUCGCAGCUUCGGUAUUCGGGGAGCAGCGCCGUCUUGAGCCCAUGGGUGCCGACCGGAGAGCUCGAUGGAACAAGGAGAUCGACUGGCUGCUGUCUGUCACCGACCACAUCGUCGAAUUCGUCCCUACGCAACAGGCGUCCACGGAUGGAACCAGCAUGGAGGUGAUGGGUACCCAGCAGCGCAGGGAUCUUCUCAUGAACGUCCCGGCAUUGCGGAAACUCGACGCCAUGCUCCUUGAGUAUCUUGACAAUUUCAAAGAUGAUCAAGAAUUCUGGUACGUGUCUAAAAACUCUGAUGAGAAUGAAGGGGGUGGUGCACCAAGACAAGGCGACAAGUGGUGGAUCCCAACAGUUCGAGUCCCUCCUGAGGGUCUGUCGGAUACAUCGAGAAAGUGGAUUCUGCACCAGAAGGACCUUGUAGGGCAAGUGCUGAAGGCAGCCAUGGCCAUUAAUGCUGAUGUUCUUACAGAGAUGGAGAUCCCAGAAGAAUAUAUCGAAACUCUCCCUAAGAAUGGAAGGUCCAGCCUCGGAGACUCGAUAUACAAAUGUAUCACUGAUGAUUAUUUUGAUCCCAACGAGCUCAUAAACUCUGUAGACCUGUCGACAGAGCACAAGAUUGUCGAUCUCAAAGACCGAAUUGAGGCCUCCGUUGUCAUUUGGCAGAGGAAAAUUUGCAACAAACUCUCAUGGGGCCCUGGCGUCAGCUUGGAGAAACGAGAGCAAUUCGAAGAGCGGGCACAAACUGUCCUGCUCAUCCUCAAGCACAGGUUCCCUGGUGUUCCUCAGUCUUCACUCGACAUCAGCAAGAUACAAUACAACAGGGAUGUUGGAUACGCCAUCUUGGAGAGCUACUCCAGGACCCUCGAGAGCUUAGCUUUUGCAGUUUUAUCACGGAUCGAAGAUGUUCUCUAUGCCGACGCCGUCGCCCGAGACCCAAAGCGCGCGAAAUCAAGGAGAAGGCCCAGCAUAGUUGACAUCCCAGAUGUCACCACCAUGGACGGUGCGCUGGAGGAAGAGGAGAGGCUGAGCAGCAUGGAUGCCAAUUCCGUGCAGUGGCAGGAGCAAGAACUCGAGAGCAAAGGCGCGGAUGCCAACGGCGGGAAGCUGAGGAAAGUUCACCGCAUGGUCACUAAGAAGAUUUUGCACAUAGAGAAAAUCGAUAAUGUGGGGGGCGGGUUGAGAGGCUUUUCUCAGAGGUAGCUGCUGCGUCUUCUAAAAUGCUUGGUUGUUCCAGACAGACAGAGGGGGCCAUCUAGCUGAGAGGAGCCUGUAAAUAGCUCACACUUCAGCGUGGCUGGAUGGGGUGGAUUGGCGGUGUAAUAUGUUCGGCUCAGGUGAGCUGAAAUCAGUAUGCGUAUUUCACGGCCUCAACUUGGUUGGUGAAUUUCGCUUAAAUAGAUCAGCAAUUCAGAAUGC